CCUUUAAUCACAAGUACAUCUCUUUGUCUUGCUUUAGAUCCAAACCAAAGACUCCCACUUCCCAAGACAAAAAAGCAGAGCUUUAGUUACAUACACACCACUCCAACGUUUCAAGAAUGGCAGCCAAGUUGGGUUCCUUCAAGCACAGCUUCCAAGAGAAACGCGAGAGGCUUCUCUCCAAGCGAUACUCCGAGGUGGGUUUCUUCCCGAUCGAAGAACGAGACCCUUAUGGCUCUUCCGGUCCCUCUUUUCGUUGUUGUUGCAGUUUCCGGUCGGUUUCCGACAAGGUCGUCGGGUGGUGCCGGACUGUGCAAGGCGUUUCUCGCCGCGCAAUCAAGAUGGGAAAGUCUGAUCCCAGAAAGAUUGUGUUCUCGGCGAAGAUGGGUCUGGCUCUGAUGCUCAUUUCUCUGCUGAUUUUCCUCAAAGAGCCGUUCAAGCAGCUCAGUCGCUACUCGGUUUGGGCCAUUCUCACUGUUGUGGUCGUGUUUGAAUUUAGCAUAGGAGCUACUUUGAGCAAAGGAUUCAACCGUGGAUUGGGGACAUUAUCUGCUGGAGGCCUUGCAUUGGGUAUGGCAGAGUUAUCAGGGUUAGCUGGAGAAUGGGAAGAAGCUGUUAUUGUUGCCAGUAUCUUCAUCAUAGGAUUUAUUGCAACUUAUGCAAAACUGUACCCAACGAUGAAGCCUUAUGAGUACGGAUUUCGGGUGUUCUUGUUGACGUAUUGUUUCAUCAUGGUGUCUGGGUAUAGGACGAGGGAAUUCGUACAUACAGCUGUGUCACGAUUCUUGCUCAUUGCGUUGGGUGCUGGUGUUGGUUUGGGAGUAAAUAUAUUGAUUUAUCCCAUCUGGGCUGGUGAGGAUCUGCACAACUUGGUGGCAAAAAAUUUCAUGGGCGUUGCAAAAUCUUUGGAAGGUUGCGUCAGUAGUUACCUCAACUGUAUUGAGUAUGAGAGAAUCCCUUCCAAAAUUCUUACCUACCAAGCUUCUGAUGACCCUCUUUACAGUGGUUACAGAUCUGCUGUAGAAUCUACAAGCCAAGAGGAUACUCUGAUGGGAUUUGCUAUUUGGGAGCCACCACAUGGUCGUUACAAGAUGCUUAGGUAUCCAUGGAAGAACUAUGUAAAAGUCAGUGGUGCACUAAGGCAUUGUGCUUUUACGGUCAUGGCAUUGCAUGGAUGUGUACUUUCUGAGAUACAGGCUCCAGCUGAGCGAAGACAAGUAUUUAGUAGGGAGCUUCAAAGAGUAGGUUAUGAAGGUGCUAAAGUGUUACGUGAACUUGGAAACAAGCUGAAAAAAAUGGAGAAAAUAGGUCCGGUAGAUAUACUCAAUGAAGUGCAUGAGGCUGCAGAAGAGUUGCAAAAGAAAAUCGACCAGAAAUCGUAUCUUCUUGUCAAUUCAGAAAGCUGGGAGAUAGGCAAUCGGGCAAAGGAGCUGGGAGAAAUUCAAGACCUUCUGGACUUGAAUGAUGAAGAGAACAAAUUCCAUGAAUACAAAUCCCUUAGUGAAGCGGUACUUGAUCUCAGAUCUUUUCCUGGGUCACAAAGUUGGGAUGAACCUGUACCAGCGAAACCUGCCAGCUUGAACACCUCGCCUCAUGAUAGUAAACCCUCCAACCUGCCAGUAUCCUCAGGAAAAAUGUUUAUGAAACAGAUAUCGUGGCCUGCAGGGAUGACAUUUAAGGCUCAAGUAGAGCCACAAGUGGAAGAAUCAAAUACUUAUGAAAAUGCUAGUCAAUUGUCAUUGGCCACGUUCACGUCGCUGCUGAUAGAAUUUGUUGCAAGGCUUCAAAAUCUUGUUGACUCCUUUGAGGAAUUGGGUGAGACGGCACUUUUCAAGGAACCUGUCAACUUGCCAGAACCAUUAGAGGCACACGGUGGGUUUUGGAGAAGAUUGCUCAACUGUCUGAAGUCAUGAAAUGGAGAUAUCGCUGCCAAUUCGCUCCAUUGAGAUAUGCCAUCAUUUCCAUUAGAAAGUCCAAUGGAGCUGAUUUGUGCUGCUGACAUUAGUCAUAGAGGAGUCUGCUUUCAUGUUUGUCAAUGGUGAGCAUUCUCUAUUUCAGUGACAUAGAUAAGGCUUUAAGCAUCGAUUGGCACUUCUGCAUUGGCCAAAUAAUUUGCUAUCAGUAUGACAGUAUUACUCGGAGCAAACUGGGACGAUGAGAAGAAGGCUAGAAACUGAUAUUUCAGGGUAACAAUCAGAGUAAUUUAGUUAUUUAAAGACACUAUUAUAAGGCUCUCUUGGGCUUCUGGAUUAAUUACCAGUUUAGCUUUAACCAUGAUUGUAAUCUGUAGUAAGAACUUUAACGUUUAUUAUGGAUGCAAUAUGCAAUGCCUGUUUCACCC